AUGCCUUGGGCGCCUCUGCCCGGGAGGUUGGAAGCAGGCCGGCCCAGCAAGGCGCGUGGCCGCCUCUGGGUGCGGCCAAGGGUGGAAGAUGGGGAGCUGGAUGUUGUUGUGUCAAGUGCAAUAAAGAGAAGCCGGAAGCCCUCUAGGUCACCCCUCAGAUAUGUGUGUGUGUGUGUGCGCGCGCGCGCGAACAAGAGCAGGGGGCGGGUGCCCCCUCCCCACGUCCACAUCCGGGUGGCCACCACGUCCACUUCGGGGCCCGCGGUUCUUUUCCCAGGCUUCGCCCUCGCGCGCGGCCCUGCCACCCCGCCGCCAGGGGGCGCUCGCGGGAAUCCCGGCGGGUCUGCGCGCCACGUGUCCCGGAAACGCGCUGGGCGCCGGCGUCACGAGGCAUCGCGAGGCCCCGUGAGACCCUGCGAGGUGGGCCGCAACCUGAGCUCGUGGGCACGCGCGUGGCAGCACAGGUCUCUUAGGGAGGCCGGGCCGUAG